AAGGAAACAGGUCCUCUUCUAUCGCGUCGGAGUUCAACUUUGGCACAGAUCCAGAAGCAGCAUACAUGGUCCUUCACGAGAUGAAAUGUCCGAUCACCAUUGUGCCAUGGGAGCUGUGCCUGAUAGAUGUGUAUCCUUGGGAAAGGGCUGAGGAAUGUCUCAAUUUAGAAACUAGAAAAUCGAACUUCCUUCAAGCAAUCACCAAAAGUACAGUUGCCCAUCAGAAAACGAACCGAGAGCUUGGUUAUCGUUCCUGUGAUGUUUUUGCGACGGCAGUUGCAAUUGACAGUUCUAUUGUACUAAAAUCUGUGGACAUAUUUGCCACAGUGGAACUAAAUGGGAACUUGACACGCGGCAUGUUGGUUGCUGAUUGGCGUGACAAACUGAAAAAGUCUCCCAAUGUUACCAUUGUAGAAAAAACAGAUGUAGAGAAAUCUUUUUCUCUCUGGAGAUCCAUGUUACAAGAUUAGUUUAUUAUUUUUUUAAAGAUUAGUUAAUUGAAUAUUUCAAUGUUUAAA